GAGUCUUCAUCUAAAACGAAUUACAUUGGCGUGUUGGAUAUGGCUGGUUUCGAGAUUAUGAAGAUGAACAGUUUCGAGCAGUUUUGCGUGAACUAUACAAACGAGAAAUUACAACAAUUCUUCAACGAUUUUAUGUUUAUUCGUGAACAAAAAGAAUAUAUGCGUGAGGGUAUCGAAUGGCAAGAAGUUGACUAUGGAACUGAUAUGCAAAACACAAUUGAACUCAUUGAGAAGCCCCUUGGAUUACUUUCUUUGUUGCAAGAAGAAUGUGUGGUUCCAAACGGAAGUGAUCAGUCACUACUUGAGAAACUUCUCACAACACAUUCGUCAAAUCCUGUCUUCGCCCGCUCUAAGCAGUCGGCGAGGAAUACGACGAUUGCGCACUUCUCUGUGGUGCAUUAUGCUGGUAAAGUACAAUACAACAUUGAUGGAUGGGUUGAGAAGAAUAAAGACGCUGUGGAGCGCAGUGGACUAGAUGUGCUGAGUGAAAGUAAAAAACCGAUCCUGCAAGCACUUUUCCCGAAACCGAAGAAUGGAGCAGUCAGACCUCGAAAACCAUCGUUAUGUGCCAGUACAGUCUCGCACAUGUAUAAGGAGCAGUUACUGAACUUGCUUGAAACGUUGAACACCACUCGUGCACAGUUCAUUCGUUGCAUAUCACCAAAUGAUCAUCGCCAACCGGGCUUUAUCGAUUCGCAUCUGGUGCUUCAUCAACUCAGGUUGGCGAAUCUUUAG